CAGAUUCCUGUCACUUCUCCGAAUCCUUCGCUCGUGGCCAUGGCCCUGCCGCCUUUCUUCGCCCCGGGUCGCCCGGGCCCGCCUCCCUCGCAGCCGCUGCCUCCCGCUCCCUUUGGCUGUCCGCCACCGCCGCUGCCCUCCCCGGCUUUCCCGCCGCCUCUUCCCCAGCGGCCCGGUCCCUUUCCGGGGGCCUCCGCCCCCUUCCUCCAGCCCCCGCUGGCUCUGCAGUCCCGGGCUCCUGGGGAAGCCUCCCGCGGCGGCGGUGGCGCCUUCUACCCGGUGCCGCCACCGCCGCUGCCUCCGCCGCCUCCUCAAUGCCGGCCCUUCCCGGGGAUCGACGCCGGCGAGCGCCCGCGGCCGCCGCCUCCAGGCCCGGGGCCACCCUGGAGCCCGCGCUGGCCUGACGCGCCGCCGCCCGACGUGCUUGGGGACGCGGCCCUGCAGCGCCUGCGCGACCGGCAGUGGCUAGAGGCGGUGUUCGGAACCCCGCGGCGAGCGGGCUGCCCGGCGCCCCCGCGUGCGCCUGUCGGGCCCAGCCUGGGCGAAGUGCGCGCGCGGUUGCGCGGGGCUCUGCGCCUAGUGAGGCGGCUGCGCGACCUGGGCCAGGCCCUGCGCGAGGCCGAGGCGGACGGCGCGGCUUGGGCACUGCUGCACGCCCAGGCGGCUCCCCUGCGCGCCGAACUGGCUGAGCGACUACAGUUGCUAACCCAGGCCGCCUACGUGGGCGAGGCACGGCGGAGGCUGGAGAGGGUCCGGCGCCGCCGGCUGAGGCUUCGCGAGAGGGCCCGGGAACGCGAGGCUGAGAGGGAGGCGGAGGUCGCGCGAGCUGCGGAGCGUGAGCAGGAGAUUGACCGCUGGAGGGUCAAGUGUGUGCAGGAGGUGGAGGAGAAGAAGCGGGAGCAGGAACUUAAAGCUGCUGCUGAUGGUGUCUUAUCUGAAGUGAGGAAAAAACAAGCAGACACCAAAAGAAUGGUGGACAUUCUUCGGGCCUUGGAGAAAUUGAGGAAACUCAGGAAAGAGGCUGCGGCAAGGAAAGGGGUCUGUCCUCCAGCCUCAGCAGAUGAGACUUUUGAGCACCAUCUUCAGCGACUGAGAAAACUCAUUAAAAAACGCUCUGAACUAUAUGAAGCUGAAGAGAGAGCCCUCAGAGUUAUGUUGGAAGGAGAACAAGAGGAAGAGAGGAAAAGAGAACUAGAAAAGAAACAGAGGAAAGAAAAAGAGAAAUUUUUACUACAGAAGCGGGAAAUUGAGUCCAAGUUAUUUGGGGAUUCAGAUGAGUUCCCACUUGCUCACCUCCUACAGCCUUUCCGACAGUAUUACCUCCAAGCUGAGCACUCUCUGCCAGCUCUCAUCCAAAUAAGGCAUGAUUGGGAUCAGUUCCUGGUGCCAUCUGAUCAUCCUAAAGGCAACUCCAUUCCCCAAGGAUGGGUCCUUCCCCCGCUCCCCAGCAACGACAUCUGGGCAACCGCCAUUAAGCUGCAGUAGUAAAGACGCUCCAGGAGUGUGGACCAGGCAACGCUCUUUCCAGCUCUAAAUAUUUGUGAUGCUGCCAUCUUCUUGUGCUGUAGACUAAACAACAACCUGUAAACUCCACAUGGCAUAGUCCUUCCCAGAAGUUAUAUUUUCCUUCUGUGCUCUGUCCUGGCCAGAGGUGCUUCUUGAAUCAAGAGAUUAAUAUGGUUCUUGAGGAAAGGACAUAGGUGAAUUGGUGAUGUUACCACAUGCCUUGGUUCACUGAAUUUGCCUCUGUUUUGAGGGGCUUGGUCCAGAGUGACUGGUUAAUAUACUCAACUUUCUUGUGUGGUGAUUGGUAAGUGCAUGCCAUACACUCGACACAGGUGUGCACUGGGUAGUUUAGCAGCUCUUCCCCCAGUACUGAGUGUGAAGGCAAGCUUGAUGCAAAAUCUUCUUAUCCUUCCUACCCAUACUGCCCUCUAACUUCCAGGAAGAAGUUAGGUAAAAACUUCUUUACCCGAGAAAGGUAAAAAAUGCUUUAUCUCUGGUUUUGUGAAACCCACUUGGGGUGCAGUUUGAGAGGCUGCAGGCUGCAGGCUGGGCUGGCAGUAGAGCUGGUGGCUUAGUCGGGUAGUCAUAGGGAGAAAUUGGAACACCUGAAGAGUACCUGUACCCAGACUGGAUUGUGUUUGAAUGGUGCUGGCUACAUUUCCCCCAUAUUAGAAGGAUCUUAAUGAAAGGAACUGCUUUUUAAGUUCCUAGAGUCUAGUUGUUCUGAAACCCCCAGGAUAGAAAUUUAUUUCCCUAUGGGAGUAGGACCUUAACCUUAAUUUGCACUCAGUAGGGGCCGAUAUAGCUAUCAAAUUUUCCUAAGAACUCAAGCUCCAAAAAUUUCCAUGUAGUUAAAGCUGGGGGAAAAGCAGAUAAAAAUAAUAAAAUUUAUUUUUUUAUAUUCAUUAAUAAAUGCUCUUGU